AUGGCCCUCCGAUAUUACAUUCAAUCGUUUGCCAGUACCCUUUCGACCAAUGCGGAGAACAAUGGCUUCCUAUCCAUCCUCCUCCCAAUGGCCAUGACGGACGCGCCCCUGAUGGAUACGCUUGUAGCGUGGUCGACUUCCCAUCUCGCCAUCCGUCAGCAAAACGUACAAGUCAAGGCACUCGAGGACCGUUCGGUUGCUUUGAGAUCAUUCGCGACGAAUCUGCGCGACUUGCCUCCCCUGACCUGUCUCGCCAUCUGCCUCGUGCUCACAUCCAUGGAGGCCGUUCUCGGCAACACCCUCAGCUGGUACAGCCAUUUGUCCGCCGCUGCGCGCAUCAUCAAUUCCACAGUAUCCCCGAGACUGGACGACAGUAGCCUGGCAAGUUCCUUGGACAGCAGUGCAGAGGGACGGUGGCUGCUCCGCAAUUUCUCCUAUCAUGACAUCCUCGCCAGCGUCUCGCGAAGCCGCGCCAUGCUGAUUCCCGGCCUGGACUUUCUCGGAGCAGACGCCAUUCAAGUCCCUGACACGUACCUCGGAUUUGGCGUACCGCCCAUGAAGCUGCUAGGCGAGAUCAACGUCUUGUCUCAAACCCUGACCAACUACGAGAACACCAGCAAUACUGCGUCCGCUGCAGGCGAUAGUUCCGACGCCGCCGAGAUAGCCGCAAGACUGUACGCCAUCGAGGCAGAGCUACGACAAUGGCGAGCGGAUGGCUCCCCCGACGACCCAUUGAUCAUGCUGGCGGAUAGCUAUCGCAGCGCCAUCUUAAUAUGCCUCUAUCGCGCAUUGCGAUACCACCGACUAGCCGAUCCAACAACCGCAACACAGCAGAUCCAAGCAGAAGUGGGCGAGAUAGUCACCCGGAUCACUUCAUUACCCCACGGCAGCUCGCCGGAAUGUACCCUUCUCUUCCCCCUCUUCAUGGCCGGGGGAGAGGCGCAAAGCACCGAGCACAGGGCGGCGAUUGAGAAUCGAAUGGAGACUAUCGCGGAGAACAGGGAAUUCCAAAAUCUCCGAGAAGCGCUGGACGUUUUGAAAGAGGUCUGGUCGGUGCAAUCGCGCACUACCGCCAUCGACCCUGCGCGGCCAUAUGACUGGACGUGUGUCUUGGAGCGACGGCAAUGGGAUCUGGCGUUGAGUUGA